AUGAGUCGAGGGCAGCACAAGUACAAACCAGCAGAUCCAACACCCGAGUUGCGUGGAGAAAGCAGCCAGGGUGCUGUGGAGGCGCUCCAAGCUGCUGCAGAUCGCAUUCGCACGAAUUCGAACAAACGCCUACGCACGGAUAGGGUGGCAGAGUGCAGUCGCAGGGCCGAGAAUGCUGACGCUGCCGAGAUGAACGAGGAUCAAACAGGGUAUCAUUUCUACCCAGGGGGAGAUGCGUCCCUCGUCGACGUUGACUCUCGUGUGUAUCGUUUCGUAAGGAUAACUACUGGAGGUUCCGGACUCUCGAGGGUGGAUAUCAAGGAGUUGAUAUCAAUCCUCAUAAAGGUGUUGAGUAAUCCGGGGCGUCUAAGGAUCACGUCACUCGCCGCGUUUGACAGCUACGAGAAGUUACAACUAGCCGAUGCUGAUUUGCAUCCCUUCGAACAGGUUAAUCUCGCGAAGGAGGGGGAUUUGCAGCCAGUGAUCGUGUGGCGUCGUUCUGUGCUGUCAUGCGUGAGAAGCCUUUACGAGAACGUGGCAAAGGCUGCCGAUUUCGUCGUGAAACCACCCAAGGAUAUUCCUAAUGCAGCGCGGAUUUACAAAUUUCCCGAGAUGGGGAGCUGGUGGCGUGAAGUUCUUAAAGAGUUGCCUCAAGGAGCAUCUGUAGCUGCUGUGAUUAUCUACUCAGACGAGACGACACUCACCAUCAAUGGAGGCCUCAAGGGAUGGCAUGUGUACAUUUCACUCGCCAACAUCGCUGCGGGGAAUCGUUGGAGGACACACGGCCAUCGACUCGUCGCUUUGCUACCUGAAGAAGACGACAGCUUCUUCUCGAAGGCGGAUCAACCACGUCGACGGCUGGAAGUGUUCCAAGAGGCCCUUAAUCUCAUCAUGGAGGAGUUGAAGGUUGGACAACACAACAUGUUUCUCACAGACCCAUACGGCAUUCGUCGUAAGGUCUAUCCGAUGACAUACUCGUAUGUCGGUGAUUACCCAGAGCAGUGCAAAGUUGUCGGAACCAAGUCGGGGAUCAAGACAAAGUACCCUUGUCCUAGAUGCCUAGUACCAAAGGAGGACCUCAACAACAUGGACUACCCAUUGGUGUUUCGGAACAAGGAACGUCAAAAGGAGCUCGUUGGUGAGAUGGAACGCGCGCACACGAAGGACGCACGAGAUGAUAUCGAGCGAGACCACAGCACCCACUGCAUCCAUAGCGCCCUGUGGGGUCAGCGAUUUGCCGAUAAGGAUUUUGCUAAUCCUUAUCGGCAAAUAACAUCCGACUUCAUGCACAUGUCGCUCCUAGGUGUGUACAAGCACACCUUGGAAGGUCUCAAGUCGAAGCUCAGUACAGAGGCACUGCACAAGCUCGAUGCUUCGCUGCGCACCAUCACCCAGUACAGCAGACAGUCGUUCUUCCGACUUCCGGCGCACACAGAUGGUUAUUUCAGCGGGCAUGCCAGUUUCAAGGCUUUUUAUCAUCAAGCGAGCAUGCAAGUGUUGCCAGUGCUCCUGCUCAUGGCCAAUGUCGAUGCCAAGACAAUCCGUGCAGUGGAGUUGUUUUGCCAUGGCACUCCGAGGUUGGUGCUGAUGCUCAUGAGCGAAUUCAAGGGGGACCAGAAGUCGAAGUUCAACGUCCCCAAGAUUCACAGGAUGCUGCAUGUCACCGAUGACAUCAAGCGUCGUGGCAUUCUGAUUCACUACUGCACUGAUGUCUACGAGCAUGUGCACGUUGCUGUGAUGAAGCGCCCGUACCGAGCGUCAAACAAGAGGAACGCCGAGGCAUCGAUCACUCGGUGUUGCCUCAAUUCUGAGCUGGUCGAGAAGAUGACCACGUCCGCUGAGGAGGAGAGUGAUAGUCAAGCAUGA